AUGAACAUUGGUCCUAAGGUGUAUGGAAUAUUUGCCGAAGGAAUGAUAAUCAAGUUUUAUGAGAAUGAAGAAUUUGGCACUAAACACCAAAAAAAUGAUCUGUUGGUUAAAAAACUUGUCAAAAACCUAGCCGCUUUUCAUCACUUGGAUGUGCCGAUUCGCAAAGAUGGACUUAAAUCGUGGCUUUCGCAAAAUGAAACAUGUCUUGAAAUUGCUUAUCGUGAUAUGAAUGCUCAGUCGUUAAUUGAAGAGCUACAGUUACCUCUACUGAUGAAGCAUGAUCCUAGAGAGGAGUUUAAAAAACUGAAAACUUUGAUCAAAUCGUUGAACUCUCCCACGGUGUUUUGCCAUAAUGAUUUUCGUGGUUGCAACUUUUUGGUAAACAAAGCUGAUCAAAACAUUGUGCUCAUUGACGCUGAGUACUCAGCUUACGGAUUACGUGGUCAUGACAUUGGUGGUUAUAUUGUCGAAUGGGGUUGUGAGCCGUUUGAAAUUGAAAAACAUGAUUUGCCAUCGGACGAUGUACUGAAUUACUUUGUUCAACUCUACAUUGACGCUUGUGAAAAACAAAAUCCCGGUUACGCCGCUAAACCAGAAAACUCCUUAGCAGUAAUUGUAAAAGAAGUUAAAGUGAUGUCUUUAGGGAACUGUUCAGGAAAAUGUUCCUACAAGUUUGACGCAUCACAAGAUCCCGACGCUGAGUUCGCCAACUCUCCGCAGUGCCUGCUCUCCUCAAGAAUACUCAACACAACUGAUGUGGUCGGCAUAGUCACCGGGCUAG